AUGCAAUCUUGUCUCAUUCUUGCUUUGGCUACGUCCACUCUCGCUUUGUCAUCUUUUCCCAAUCAACAAUUCGGUUCUAAUCAGUUUGGACAACAACAACCGUUUGGAAAUGGAUUCAAUCCAUUUGGAAAUAACCAGGGAUUGGGACAACAGGGACAGGGAUUGAUGGGGAAUCAGCAAUUUCCAUUGAACAAUCAACAAUUUCCAAACAAUAUCUUCCCUCAACAACAGGGACAACAAGGAGCAUUCGGAAAUCAGUUCAAUCCACUCACCCAGCCGCAAUCUGGUUGUGCUAAUGGACAGACACAGACAUCACAGUUCUGUUCUGCUCAGUUACCAUGCUCUACAGGACAAAUCUGCUGUGUUCGAUCCCAAAACACCCUCUUCCCCCAACAGCCACAGCAACAACAGUUCCCCAUCAACACUUUCAAUCAACAAAUCCCAAUUUCUCAACAGAACAACAUCCAGUCCCAACAACAACCCCUCACGAAUUCUAUCUUCCCCACCACACAACAGUCACGCGGAUUUGGUGUUUGUCAAGCAGCCAUCACUUGCCCUACUGGAUACACUCGAGUG